AAAGAGAUAAUUCUACCAUCGUUCGUAGAAGUUGAUCUCAGUGGCACUGACGAUGCUUCGAUAUUCGAUACUUGUCCAUUGAAAAUAUACAAUCAUCUAGAUCCACAACUGCGCCAAUUUCACAACCCGCAGUACAAUCCCAAAGCGUGCUGGGGUGUAAUUUACAAUGAUCACGAUACUAAAUACAUAGCUGAUCCAUGGAUCAUUCUUCCAUCUGAAGAGCCCUUCAGGUGUGACAUAAUCGAGUCACAGUGCAGCAAUGGCAUUUCAUUCUCAAGUAAUGAGUCAUACCUUCACAUGCAGAUCUAUGAAACCGGUGAAAGGGAGCAACACUCCCCAAUGAAAAGUUCCAGCUUGCCCAGUUCAAGAGACGAACGACCGAACGUCUUUAUUCUACUUCUUGAUUCAGUAUCGUCGCACAUGUCGAAGCGCUCACUACCGCAAAGCCUUGCUUACUUGAAAGCGGAACUUGGUGCUGUUCAAAUGGAGUUUUUGAACAAACUGGGCAGAAACAGCCGACCAAACGCGUUUCCACUGUUUUUUGGUAAAUCUGAUGAGGGUGGAAGCCGUGCACUGGUCGGACAGCCGCCUAUAAAACCGGACUGGGACCACCGUAAAAAAUGCAAGGAAUAUCUUGAUAAGUAUUCUUAUGACUUGGAGGAGUAUCGCCUGCACGGCUAC